AAUUCCAUUAUCUGUUUUAGGAAGAAAAUGAAAAUCUUCUCUGAGUCUCAUAAAACUGUUUUUGUUGUGGAUCACUGCCCAUAUAUGGCAGAAUCCUGUAGACAGCAUGUUGAAUUUGAUAUGUUAGUAAAGAACCGGACCCAAGGAAUCAUACCUCUAGCACCUAUAUCAAAAUCACUAUGGACCUGUUCAGUGGAAUCAUCUAUGGAGUACUGCAGAAUAAUGUAUGACAUUUUUCCUUUCAAGAAACUGGUAAAUUUCAUUGUGAGUGAUUCUGGAGCUCACGUUUUGAAUUCUUGGACCCAAGAAGACCAGAACUUGCAAGAGUUAAUGGCAGCCUUGGCAGCUGUGGGGCCACCUAAUCCUCGGGCAGAUCCAGAAUGCUGCAGCAUACUUCAUGGCCUGGUUGCUGCAGUUGAAGCACUUUGCAAAAUAACAGAAUACCAACACGAAGCUCGAACCAUGCUUAUGGAGAAUGCGGAACGUGUUGGAAAUAGAGGAAGAAUAAUCUGUAUUACUAAUGCAAAAAGUGACAGUCACGUUCGGAUGCUUGAGGAUUAUGUUCAGGAAACCAUUCAUGAACAUAAUAAGCUUGCAGCUAAUUCAGAUCACCUGAUGCAGAUCCAGAAAUGUGAAUUGGUCUUAAUCCACACGUACCCAGUUGGUGAAGACAGCCUUGUUUCAGAUCGUCCUAAAAAAGAGCUUUCACCUGUUUUAACCAGUGAAGUGCACAGUGUCCGUGCAGGACGGCAUUUAGCUACAAAACUGAAUGUUUUAGUACAGCAACACUUUGAUCUGGCUUCAACCACAAUAACCAACAUUCCUAUGAAGGAAGAACAACAUGCUAACACAUCAGCCAACUAUGAUGUGGAGCUUCUUCAUCACAAAGAAGCACAUGUUGACUUUUUAAAGAGUGGUGAUAAUCACGUAGGUGGCAACAGCAGAGAAGGUGCAUUUAAAGAAACUGUGACAUUAAAAUGGUGUACUCCUCGAACAAACAGUGUGGAAUUACACUACUGCACUGGAGCAUACAGAAUUUCACCAGUAGAUGUAAAUAGCAGACCGUCUUCAUGCCUUACAAACUUUCUCCUUAAUGGUCGUUCUGUUUUGUUGGAACAGCCACGCAAGUCUGGCUCUAAAGUAAUUAGUCACAUGCUCAGCAGCCAUGGAGGAGAAAUUUUUCUGCAUGUAUUAAGCAGCUCACGAUCAAUUCUAGAAGAUCCCCCAUCAAUUAGUGAAGGUUGCGGUGGGAGAGUUACUGACUACCGGAUUACAGAUUUUGGUGAAUUUAUGAGGGAAAACCGAUUAACUCCUUUUCUAGAACCCAGAUAUAAGAUCGAUGGAAGUCUUGAAAUUCCAUUGGAACGUGCAAAAGAUCAAUUAGAGAAACAUACUCGUUACUGGCCUAUGAUUAUUUCUCAGACUACCAUCUUCAACAUGCAAGCUGUAGUGCCAUUAGCCAGUGUGAUUGUAAAAGAAGCAAUGACAGAUGAGGAUGUAUUGAAUUGUCAAAAAACAAUAUACAAUUUGGUAGAUAUGGAGAGGAAAAAUGAUCCGCUGCCAAUUUCAACAGUUGGUACCAGAGGAAAGGGUCCUAAAAGAGAUGAACAGUAUCGGAUUAUGUGGAAUGAAUUGGAAACUCUGGUACGAGCACACAUUGGCAACUCUGAUAAGCACCAGCGGGUCUUGGAGUGUUUGAUGGCUUGUAGAAGCAAACCCCCAGAAGAAGAGGAGCGCAAGAAACGAGGCAGAAAGAGAGAAGAUAAAGAAGACAAGUCAGAGAAAUCAGGAAAGGACUAUGAAACAGAUAAGCCAUGGCAAGAAUCAGAAAGGUUAAAAAGUCUCUUGGAUCGUGAAAAAGAAGAACUAGCAGAAGCAGAAGUUAUAAAAGAUUCCCCUGAUUCUCCUGAGCCCCCCAACAAAAAGCCUCUUAUAACAAUGGAUGAAAUGCCUGUAGUGGAAAAGGCAAAAGGGCCGAUGUCCUUGCUGUCUUUAUGGAGCAACAGGAUUAAUACUGCCAAUUCUAGGAAACACCAAGAAUUUAUUGGUCGUUUGAACUCUGUCAACAAUAAAGCUGAGCUGUACCAACAUCUGAAAGAAGAAAAUGGAAUGGAAACGACAGAGAAUGGAAAAACUGGACGACAGUGAUUUUAUUUGAACAGAAUUUGGCCAAAUUGCACAGAGGGGGG